GGAAAAAGAGGGAAAACCAUCCCCUCAAUUGUUUGACUAUCUUUCCUACUCCUAACUCUACAACCAAGUUUGAAUAACUUCCACUCGUUCUUAAUACUGCUGGCCCCCGAUGCAUAUUCUGGUUGUGAACGACGACGGUCCUCCGUCAAACCAGUCGUCCCCUUAUAUCCAUUCUCUUGUCAUUGCGCUACAGUCGGCCGGUCAUGUGGUUUCUGUGGUCCUGCCGCACCAGCAGCGAUCAUGGAUCGGUAAAGCUCACUUAAUCGGCGCCGCAGUAAAACCUACCUACUUCCGCCCUGGAACGCUGCAUCAGGACGAUGGAACAGUACAUACCCUGCCUCGCGGCAGUGAUGGAAAUGGUCAUGAUGGUGGUGAUGAAUGGAUCCUUAUCGAUUCUACCCCGGCUAGCUGUGUCCAGAUAGGUUUGUACCACUACUUCGAGGACCGUGGGCCGGUAGACCUCGUGGUGUCUGGCCCGAACUACGGCCGGAAUACAACUGCCCUAUUUGCAUUGUCAAGUGGAACAAUUGGUGGGGCAAUGGAGGCAGCUGUCUGUGGGAAGCGCUCAAUUGCACUGUCGUACGCUUUUAGUUCAAGGGACCACGACCCCGUUGUGAUUACCGAGGCAUCACGUCAUUCGGUUCGGUUGAUCGAGUAUCUUGCGAAUAAUUGGGCCGAUGGUGUGGAUCUUUACAGUGUAAAUGUGCCAUUGGAACCUGGUGUGAGCCAGAGCAAGGUCCUUUAUACUGAGAUGCUUGAUAACCGCUGGACAUCCGGUAGUUGUUUUCGAGCUGUCAAUGCCUCGGUGCCUAAUGUGAACCCAGAACUGCAGGAACACGAGGUACGACACCAAGACAAGAAGGUCGGUGUAGAUUCAUCUUCAGAAACCAAUGGGACUUUUAUGAAGAGGUCUCGGAUUCAGCACAAACACUUCCAGUGGGCGCCAGACUUUUCAGAUGUAUAUAGGAGCGUGGAGGAAGGCGCACCUGGGAAUGAUGGCUGGGUUGUCAAAGAAGGAAUGACAAGCGUUACGCCUCUGAGAGCGAAUUUCAUGCAUCAGCCCGGUAUUCAAGGGGAGAUCAAGCUACCGGAUAAUGAUGAGCCUACAUUAUACGCCAUUGUGGACAGCGAUGUUCCAUACGUCCAGAGUUUGAUGGAACAAGCACUGCAGCGUCGCCUUGGUAAGGACCGCUAUAAGACGGUCUCUUCACUGUCAGACCUCCCGUCUCCUUCUGCUCCUGUAUUCCAGUAUCGUGAAUACGAGCGUCUCGACUUUGAACACGCCAUGAUGCAUUCAUCUUCCUCUUUGGCCAAUGCCUACAUCAUCCGCAAGGCGUUGAUUCGCAAACAUUACCUAUCCAACACAAUCUCCAAUUGGGUUACCAAACAUCCGGACAGCAUUCUAGGGAAACAUUUUAAAUUUGCAUUCGACUUCGAGCUAGACUACGCUGAGUUUCUCGACGACGCAUUGCUAGAAGCUUACGAGCUACGGGACAGCUUGCAGCAGAACAAAGAACUGCCUGAACACGAAAAGGAGUGGUGGAUCCUGAAACCCGGGAUGAGUGAUCGAGGACAGGGAAUUCGACUCUUCAACAGCGAAGAUCAACUGCGCGAGAUAUUCGAGGAGUGGGAAAUCGAUGAAUCUGAUAUAGACAGCGGAUCGGAAAGAGCUGAAGAGGACACCGAUGAUCACUCGGGCGAUUAUGGAACUGGGGUGGUCACCUCCCAACUACGCCAUUUCAUUGCACAGCCAUAUAUCGAUCCACCGCUCCUCCUCCCUUCGUCAUCCAAUCGCAAGUUCCACAUCCGUACCUAUGUUCUCGCCGUGGGUUCCUUGAAAGUAUACGUCUUCAAGGAGAUGCUAGCUCUGUUUGCCGCAAAGCCAUACUGCCCGCCUUCGGAAGAUGAAGAUCAGAUUACAGAUCUCGCGAGACAUCUUACGAAUACCUGCUUCCAAGAAGGCGGGAGUGCUAACGAAGGAACCGUCCGGCGAUUCUGGCAAUUGGACCCCCAUGUCCCUGGCCUCAGUCACGGUUGGAAAGAGAAGGUGUUUGAUCAGAUCUGCGCUGUGACUGGCGAAGUCUUCGAGGCUGCUGCCCGCGGUAUGAUGGUUCAUUUCCAAACCCUCCCUAACGCGUUCGAGCUCUUUGGGGUGGACUUCCUUGUUGAUCAAAAUGGGACCGCUUGGUUACUCGAAAUGAACGCCUAUCCGGACUUUGCCCAGACAGGUGAAGAGCUCAAAGAAGCCGUGGUCGGCCGUCUUUUCGAAGAGACAGUUGAAGUAGCUGUCAAGCCCUUCUUCGAUGGCGAUGCGCCCGUGGAUGGGACUGACCACUUGAGGUUGGUUGCCAACCUGGAUCUGGGCAGAAAGUCCUAGGCCUUGGCUGCUCUGAACCAAAAAAACUGUCCAUGGUGUUUGUUUAAUUUUAAGGCCCGAGUUUAUGGGUUUGCUUUGGUGUAUGACACUUGGAUUAUAUGGGCUAGAUUCAGGCGUUCGCAGAGCACUAAAGCCUUGGGAGACAUAGAAAAAGAGAGAGAGAGAAUGGGUGUGUACUACUACACCCAUAUAAAAAUCCCAUUACAGAGCCCAAUCAUAUACACGGUUUCUCAGGAUUAACAAUGCGAGAUCGUAAUCUUUCACAUUCAGUUGUACGUGAAGUUAGAGCCUGGGCCAGUUUUAUUCAUAAUUCUAGAGGUUACAUUUUGACUAGGCCAAAGAGGAAGAGGAUCGAGAUAGGUAUAUUUUCA